UGGUGUUUGAGGUCUCUGAGUGACAGCAGCUGCUCUGUCGCUUUAAAAGCCUCGUGUUGUUACAGGAAGUGUGAGGGGUGUUUCCAGCUGAUCUGCACAACAGAAGAACCAGAGUCUCCCUCAGCUGCAGCCCCACAGACCUGCUCCUCUCUCCGGCCCCCCAGCACAGAGCACCGGGACCGGCUGCAGCUGUGACGGAUCUGAACCGGGAUCCAUUUGAGCCAGAACCGGGGGGAAUCCUCGGUGUCCCCCCUCCUCCCUUCGUGCUUCUUUUUUCGUGUUAGCUACCGUGAACCGGUGCCGUCGGUAGCUGUUAGCCCGGACUGUCAUGAUCCCAGCAGCGCGGAGAUGGCGUCCUUCCCCGGUUUGUGUCAGGCUGUCGGGCCCGCGGAGCCAGCGGAGCCAGCGGGGCCCGCGCAGGAGCAGAACGGAGAGCUGGACGGAUCUCUGCAGCAGAUGCUGAAGGCCAUCGCCGACGAGAGGAACCGACUGAACAUCCGGCAGGAGAUCAGCGGACUGGGUUGUUUUAAAGAUGACCGCAUCGUGUUUUGGACCUGGAUGUUCUCCACGUACUUCAUGGAGAAGUUUGCUCCUCUGAAGGACGACAUGUUGUUCUACGUCCGCAGGAAGCUCGCCCUCGUCAGCGCCGACAACAGCGAAGGAAAAAAGGUGGAGGUGGAGGUUUACAGGAGAGACUCCAAGAAGCUGCCGGGCCUCGGUGACCCCGACAUCGACUGGGAGGAGAGCGUGUACCUGAACCUCAUCCUGCAGAAGGUAAAGCUUUAA